AUGAUUCUCGGAGUCACGUCCACAGAAUCUAGAGCUUUCUCCCAAGCUACGGGAUUUCACGAUGACGUUGUUCAGUACGAAGAUAUGACUUCUAGUCUCAUCAGCACUCUCAAAAUUGACGCCACUGCUAAGGUGGUAUUGUGUGACUUCGGUGCCCGGGGUGACACCUUUCAACUUUGGUUCAGUGCACUCAAGCCUGUUUGCAAGACCCUCAUUCCACUCGGAAUCGGCGACACACCGCAGACAGAGUUGCCACAGAAUCUACAUAAUAGAGCCGCCCGAAAUGCUUCUUUGGGUAAUAUCCAAGUCAACGCUUCUGAUCUUGCAACGAUGGCAAUGGCAUCAAUUGGGGAGAAGAAUUAUAAUCAAGAACUGGAAGAGGCCUGGAGAGCAUUCUUGGAUUCUGGGGCACUCCCCGGGUGA